AUGCUGAACAGGAACCAAGGUCGGUUCCUCAAAUCCGCCAUGGGAACGAUCAGGGGCUUCACCGAUGGUUGCCUCAUCAUGGGAGACGACCCCAACGUUGCGCUGGAUCCCUCACUAGAUACAUCAUCAGGCACUUCCUCGACACCCCACCACAUUAUUAACUCCAUCAACACCUGCCUACGGGAACACCAAUUGGUAGAUUGUUGGAGAGCAAAAUACCUGGAGGACCAAGAUUACACAUUCUUCUCCAUACCCAACCAGACAUACUCGAGGCAAGACUUCUUCUUACCCCACUACUUUCUCAGAGAUCUGAAUAAAGCACACAUCGAGACAAAUACGUGGUCGGACCACGCUUCGAUACUUAUGACGCUUUCAUCCCCCCCUCCUGUCGGACCCGUUGGUGACAGCAGAUUUUCACAAACACCUCACUCACUACUUUUGGGAAAGCGAGACAACAUAUAUUGCCCCCAUGGUCCUGUGGGAGGUCAAUAA